AAUUAAUGUAGCAAAAAUAGGGUCCAAAAUGAGUUUGAUUAAGACAGAAAGGAGUGACGUCGCUGAAAAUGAGGGGCGGGAUAGCGUCUGCUAUUUUUGCAAUGAUUCAUUCGAAAUGGGAAAAUUACAAAAUCACUUAAAGCAAUGUGGCAGUAUAUUGGAACAGUGUCCGCUGCGUUGUGGAGCCUGGAUUCAGAGGAAGCACAGGGACACACACGUCAAGGACUGUCCCAUGAUGGACAAGAGUCGCAACAGUGCAUCCCCUACCCAUGUCCGAGUGUCAGACCCUGAACCUCCUUCUCACAACAAACACACUUGGUCACCUAGAGCUGUGCCAUUGGACGAAUGUGUCUCGUAUUUGGAGAAAGAACUAGCUAACAUCAAAUUAGUCCUAACAGAAGAAUCAAGCAACCACGACAUCCAAUCAACUGAACUGGAACACCUUCGGUCCAAGUUAGUGCUGGUGGAAGAUCGGGCCCAGCAUUUCCUCUCUACCCUUGUGUCUCUCCGAGCAGCACUGGACGAUGAGGCAGAGAGAUCAGCUAAUUGGGCGGCGCAGUUUAAGCACGACCUUUCUAAUGUGCAGCUGGCUUUGCAAGAGCUUCAAAGCCAGCAGCUGACAACCACGAUGCGACUGGAAAGUGCUAUCAGCAGCAUUGUGCAUGAGCAGAACGAGAGAGAACUGUUAGAGCAGGCACUCACACAACAUGACAAUAGAAUAAGGACUAUCAAUAAGCUAGAAGAGGUAAUCGAAUACAUUAAGCAAACUGUGGAAGAGGAGAGACAGCGCAAUUCUGAAAACCAAGCAGCAUUGGAAGCCGAGCUGAUGGAAGCUCGACGAUCUUCUCAGCAAUUGGCACAUCUCUCUACCCUAAGAGUUCAACUGCAAAAUGCUACUUCAGAGAAUCCCGCAUUUGAUCGAUUGGCGGUGCUGGAAGUGGCUACGGCAGAUGUGAGAGCUGAAGCAGCAGAACACUCUAACAAAAUGGAUAUUAUUUCACGAGAUCUACGUGCUCUAACCAAAAGUUACAACAAGCUGAGGUCAGAACUAGCAGAUUUUCAGACAAGAAUGACAUUGGAAUACCCAGAGAGCGGCAGUAACACUGGUCAGUUCAUCUGGAGGAUAGAUAAGUUCUCGUCUCGCAUGAAGGACGCAAAGGAAAAGGACACCGUGUUGAGCAGCCCACUCUUCCGGACCAGCAACUAUGGGUAUACAUUGAAGGCGGAACUAAAUCUAAACGGUAUAGGCAAGUGGAAGGGUCGUCACAUCACAUGUACUGUGCGGUUGGUGCCCGGUCCAUACGACCCACUUCUGGAGUGGCCCUGUGACCUCAACAUCAACAUCGUGCUAAAAGAUCAACCAGCUAAUCGUAGUCAGGCAAUGGACAUUGUAAAAUCUCUGGAACUCCGUCGAAAAUCGAAGCUAAAGGAAGAUGCCAACGAAAGAAGUAAAUCAACCGAGAGUUUGGAUCAAGGCGUCUUACAAAUGAAGAGACAGUACAUCUUCAUACCACACGCCAGCCUGGACAAGUUCGAGUAUAUUAAGAACGACGUCAUGUUCUUUGAGUUUAUAGUUAAUCAAUAAUACAUAUUCAAUAUUGACUAUCGAUUUACAGUAUGUGGAAUAUAUUUUAUUAUUAGACAUAUAGAUGGAAAUAUUGAUUACUCUGUAUAAACUUAUAAAUUUAAAUAAAACUCUUUAAAGCCGGCAACGCAAUCGCGAGCUCCACUGGCAUGGAGUGUCCAUGGUCGGCGGUGUCAUUUCAGAUGAGCCGUCCUACCCGCUUAAACCCGUUCUAUAAAAAAUGUUGUCGGUGAUAGACUAUUAUUUUAAUAAUAUACAUUCGCCGUUUUAAAGAUUCAUUACGCGUAGUCUACCUUUUUUUUAAAGGUACUGACAAAACAAAAAAUAAAACCUUUGCCUUGAUGAACCUCUCUCAGAAUAAACCACCUUAAAAUGUGUUGAGUUGUUUUAGAAGGGAAGAAAUUAUUUAAACCAUUUAGAGGGCUUCACUUUGUAUUUUAAAUCUCUAGAGACAGAGUGCUACCUUAAGCAAUUAAGAGACAGAUAAAAAAUUAGUGUCCCACUAGUUGUGUUAACGUGAAAUUAAUCCACCGUAAGUACUUAUUUAUGAAUAUAUGACAAAUGAUUAUGAUAAUGCGCCAGUAGUAACUCGAAAUCCAUCUGUUAAUUUGUAGGGGAAUCACUUUCAAGUCAUUCUCAUUUUACACAUGAGGGAGUAUGUAUGAACCGAGGUUGUACAUUUUGCUCUCUUUCUUUAUUUUAUAAGCGUGGCGAUUACCUAAAUUCUGGGAGUUACGCCCCGAGAGUAUAGCCAGAACCCAGGCUCUUCAGCAUUACAAUACAAAGCAUUCAUUUAGCAUUAAAUUAUGUUAUAAACUUUGUUAAACAUGGGCUGAUAAUAAACAGUAUUUUUUUAAUUACAGUGUAAAGUCUUUAUAACAUCAUUCGUUAUAAUAAAAAACUCUAUAUAACGUAAAAAUUAGUUAAAUUUGUUUGGUUUAACACAAAACCCAUUAAUUCUUCCGUCCCUAUAACGAAUAAAAGAGCACGGUCCCUUUAAAUUCGUUAUAAAGAGUUUACACUGUAUUUGAAACCUCCUCACUCACCCAGGAACGGUACACAAUAGCUUUAAUCAUACAGAUGACUUAGAAAAAACUAAGCGUUUGAUUUUAUUUAUCUAACUUUUGCAUUACACCAUAAAUCCUUAAUUUUGAUGUUUAUUACUUAUAAUAUUAAAUCCUUAUAUAGUUUAUAAAUAAAACAUAAACAAAUUCGUACACAAAAUAAUUUUAUUUGAAAACGCUUAUAAAAUAGAAAACAAUUACACAACGUACAUACAAGUAAACAUACUAAACGCUAUGUUUAGUCAAUAUUUCCAAAUGGCUUCAAGUUGAGACGAAGUCGCUCUCACCUGGCUCUUUUCAUUAAACCGAAAAUACAAUUUGAUAGAAAGAGACGACAGUGUACUAUAUUGAUAUGUUACUUUUUAUAAAUAAGGUUAUUCGAGUUACGUCAUACGUCUCGCAAUAGGAAAUGGGACAGUUACAGCAUUUUGUUAUAUAUUUUUAAAAUAAAGUACUUUCUUUA